UAUAGAGAAGCAGCUACACAAAGACCCAAACAUUAUUGUUAAUAAAUAUCAAAGAAACACAUAGACAGACGACGAAACCAAAAAACAAAAUGGGUAUGCAAGAAACCGACCCGUUAACCCAACUGAGUUUACCACCUGGUUUCCGGUUUUACCCGACCGACGAAGAGCUGAUGGUUCAAUAUCUCUGUAAGAAAGCAGCCGGUUACGAUUUCUCUCUUCAGCUCAUCGCCGAGAUCGAUCUUUACAAAUUCGAUCCAUGGGUUUUACCAAAUAAGGCACUGUUUGGAGAAAAAGAAUGGUAUUUUUUUAGUCCGAGGGAUAGAAAAUAUCCAAACGGGUCAAGACCAAAUCGGGUUGCUGGAUCGGGUUAUUGGAAGGCUACGGGUACGGAUAAAAUAAUAUCGACGGAAGGACAAAGAGUUGGUAUUAAAAAAGCUUUGGUGUUUUACAUCGGAAAAGCUCCUAAAGGCACUAAAACCAAUUGGAUCAUGCAUGAGUAUCGUCUCAUUGAACCUUCUCGUAAAAACGGAAGCUCCAAGUUGGAUGAUUGGGUUCUAUGUCGAAUAUACAAGAAGCAAUCAAGUGCGCAAAAACAAGUUUACGAUAAUGUAAUGAAUGGUGGUAGAGAAUUAAGUAACAAUGGUACUUCAUCAACGACGUCGUCUUCUUCUCACUUUGAAGACGUUCUUGAUUCGUUUCAUCAUGAGAUCGACAACACAAACUUCCAGUUUUCUAACCAAAACCAGUUCUCCACGCUCAGACCGGACUUUACCGAAGAGAAAACCGGGUUCAACGGUCUAGCGGAUACGCCGAGCUUCGACUGGGGUGGUUUUACUGGUAACGUUGAGCAUAACUCCGUACCAGAACUCGGAAUGAGUCAUGUUGUUCCAAGUCUCGAGUACAAUUGUGGCUACCUGAAGACGGAGGAGGAGGUCGAGAGCAGUCACGGGUUUAACAACUCGGUCGGGUUUGGGUAUUCGGGGCAAGUUGGUGGGUUUGGGUUUAACUCGGUCGGGUUUGGGUAUUCGGGGCAAGUUGGUGGGUUUGGGUUUAUGUGAUGAUUGAUGAUUUAAUGCUGAGGCAAUAUAAAUUAAGUCGUUUGUUUUUGUCCCGUGGCAAAUAUUAUGUAUUUGAAUUUUCAAUUCUUUUGGGUUUUAGAGGCAGACUCUCAUAGAUUUAGAUGUAGAUUUGUAAUCUUUCAUGCCUAGAAUUAUUGACGUCUAGAUUUGUUUAAUGAUCUUUCAUCUUGGUAUAAAAUUUCUGAAUUGGAAUUCCAUUA